AUGAAGACCUUUGCCAUCCUCGCCUCGCUCGCCGUCGCCGCUUCGGCCACGGUCCCCGACUGCACGGUGGAGAACCUUGCGGGUGUCAGCGCCCUCUUGGCCAAUGCCACGGGUCCUCUUCCGCCGUGCGCUAAGUCCCUCAACAUCGACGUUGCCAAGAUCGACCCGUCGUGGCAGCCCGCUGACAUGGCGACUCUUGAGGCGUUCAUGAAGUCGUCCGAGUGCAAGACGUACUUCAACGAGCUCGCGGGCGUGCUCAAGAAGAUCAACCCGCCGUGCAACCUCGCCAAGGGCGCUGAGUUGACAACGGCGACCUUUGGCGCCAUGACCUUUGAUGACUUCACCGCUGGCAUCAACAAGGUCCUUGCCGCCGCCAAGACCACGACGGCCCCGACGACGAAGCCCAGCUCGGCCGCGACCGUGACCGGUGCGACGGCGCUCGCGCUCACGGCCGCCGCUGUUGCGAUGAUGUAA